GCAGAUCAGAUGCACGAUAAACAACACGGCCACAUCAGCAACGGCUGUAACUGUGAACAGCACAAAUACAAGAUAGAUAAAUGAUUAAAUCAUGAAGGGAACACAUUACUGUUAGUCUUUCAAAUGUAACAAUUUCCUCGUUUUCAUCUGAAGACCCUAGAAAGACGACCAAUUAAAACGUAUUACACAUUCCACUGUGUUUUACACAUACAGCGCGUUUUCUAGCUUCUGUUAUGGCUGUAUUUGGGACACGUUUGUAACACUGGUCACUCAUCCUGGAUCCUUUUUCUCUGCUCCUCUACAGUGUUUUGGAUCUAUUAUCUGUUCUCUGUAUGUCACUAGUUGUGCAUGUAGCAGAGCUAAGUCUUCAUUCAGUCCAGCUGCACUUAAGGUAAUAAUCACAUACCCUGCGUGUGUGUCAGUAAGGAAGAUUUUCUAUCAUCUCCUUUGUGUUUUUAUCAAAUUACAACAGCACAAUUACAUUUUAACAUCAUAAGUUUAUUAUCAUUGAACCAUGAAUUAACCAGAACUUGACAUUUCAUUUCGUCUACGAGACAGAACUAAAAUAACUGUCCGGUGGAAACAUCACAUUUCCUGUGUCAGAGAUACGUGUGUGUGUGCUAUAUGGGGAAUCAUGAAAGCAGCUAUGCAGAAAUGUGUGAAUGUGCGCACACCCUUGCUGUUUGUGUGAAAACCUUUUAUAUCCUCUAGGUCACUGACAAAAACAUCUUUAUUUUUAUGCUUCAUAAAUACGUUUCUAUAGUUUAUCUGAAGGGUUUCAUAAUUCCAAUGACCGAACCACUGAAUGCCUGAAUUUAAGUCAAGUUUAGGUCAAGUGAGGUUCUUCAACUAACAGUAACAAAGGCGUUUAAGUGUGCAUCUGUGUUAGUUUAUCCAGCUGCAACUUCCUGGUUUGAAGGCUGCUCAACUCAAAGACGAACAAGCAGACAGAGAAACCUGGUCAGGUUCAGGAACGUUUUCAGUUUUUCAAAAUGCCUGCAAGUGUUCCUGCUGCACCAGAUUCGAAGUUGAAUGUGAGAUAUACCCGAAAAGUUCAAGAGAACAGAGGAGCGGGAGAGGACAACCAGGUGGAGAUCUUAGAGGAUGAAGAGCAUCGCGCUGAUCUUGGGUCACAAAAAGCCAGACCACACACUCCAAAGGAUCCUGUCAGAAGGUGUUUUACUGCAGCGACUCUGGGAGUGAUGUAUCUCCUGAUAUUGGCUGGAGUCUUCAUACGCUAUAUGUCAGUCACUUUGGAAAAAGACGAGCUGCAGACCAGAUACGACAGACUGAGUGACAGCUGCAGCCAGCUCCAGGGAAAGAUUUCAGAUAUGGCAGUCAACAACAGCCAGUUACAGAGGAGUUACGAAACACUGAGUAAAAAUCACAGCCAGUUAUGGGAUGAAGUGAAGCAGCUGAAGGACAGAAUUGAAGGGAAGCGGUGUCCUGAAGGAUGGAAGAGAUUUAGAUGCAGCUGUUACUUUAAAUUCAAUGAGGAGAAAACUUGGUUUAACAGCAGAUCUGACUGUCGGAACAAAGGAGCAGAUCUGGUGACCAUAAACAACGAAGAGGAACGGAACUUUGUCAAAGAGCUGAACGUGAAUGGAGAGUCCUGGAUUGGUCUAAAGAAAACACAUACACAAACAGGAUGGGAAUGGGAAUGGGUGGACGGAUCACCACUGACAGAAACGUUCUGGGCAGCAGGAUCGCCACACCAGCACUGGGACUUGUACGCUGCAGCAUGCUGCAAUCAACAAAGACGAUGGACACUAAGCAAAAACUAUGAUCUUAAGAAGAACUGGAUCUGUGAGAAACAGAUGUCCUGCAUUCUCUGAUGACAGAGGGGUGUGUAGCGUUGGAUCAGCUUCAUCAAAUCUGACCAAAUCACAUUUUACAUUUGUUCAGCUGUUUAUUCUGUGUUGCAUGCUAAAUAACCUGGAUUACAUAGAUAUUGUUCCUCUGCCCUACAUAGUGAACAAUCUGGUGGGAAGUCGUCCACUCUGCAGCUUUACAAAAAUAUUACAAUAAAAGUAAAAAAAACAA